CAAAAUUGUUGCAGUUGGAUCUCUUUCCUGCCAUACACUGGGAUCCAGGCGCUUGGGUCAUAAAUGACAAGUGCCUGAGGAUGUCCAAGCGGAACUUGUUUGUUCGUCUGGUGCCGUGCCGCUGCUUGCGGGGUGAGGAGGAGGCUGUAACAUCGCUGGACUACUCCCACUGCAGCCUGGAGACUGUUCCUAAGGAGAUCUUUAGCUUUGAGAAGACCCUGCAGGAGCUCUACCUCGAUGCCAACCAGAUUGAGGAGCUGCCCAAACAACUGUUUAACUGCCAGUUGCUUCACCGACUGAGCAUGCCAGAUAAUGACCUAACCGUGUUGCCGGCAGCGAUCGCAAACCUCAUCAAUCUCAGGGAGCUUGAUGUCAGCAAGAACAGUAUCCAGGAGUUUCCAGAAAACAUCAAGAAUUGCAAAGUCUUAGCUAUUGUUGAAGCCAGCGUGAAUCCAAUAUCCAAGCUACCAGAGGGCUUCACCCAGCUUCUGAGCCUGACCCAGCUCUACCUGAACGAUGCCUUCCUCGAGUUCCUACCAGCCAGCUUCGGGAGGUUGACUAAACUCCAGAUCUUGGAGCUGAGGGAGAACCAGUUAAAGAUGUUGCCAAAAAGCAUGCACAAGCUCACACAGCUGGAGAGGUUGGACCUGGGGAGUAAUGAGUUCACUGAAGUGCCUGAAGUGCUUGAGCAGCUGACUGGAAUCAAGGAGCUUUGGAUGGAUGGGAACAGACUGACAUUUUUACCUGGGAUGCUGGGUAUGCUGAAACAGCUGGCAUACCUGGACGUGUCCAAGAACAACCUGGAGAUGGUAGAUGAGCAGAUCUCUGGCUGCGAGAGUCUGCAGGAUCUCCUGCUUUCCAACAAUGCCCUCACACAGCUGCCAGGCUCCAUUGGCUCAUUGAAGAAACUGACUGCUCUAAAAGUGGAUGAGAACCAAUUGAUGUACCUGCCAGACUCAAUCGGAGGACUGACGUCCCUUGAUGAGCUGGACUGCAGCUUCAAUGAGAUUGAGGCCUUGCCAUCCUCCAUUGGCCAAUGUGUCAGCAUCCGCACCUUUGCUGCAGAUCACAACUUCCUUACACAGCUCCCCUCCGAGAUGGGCAACUGGAAGAAUGCAACUGUGCUGUUCCUACAUUCCAACAAGCUGGAGUAUUUGCCUGAGGAGAUGGGCGACAUGCAGAAGCUCAAGGUCAUCAAUCUCAGUAACAACAAGUUGAAGAAUCUUCCAUACAGUUUCACUAAACUGAACCAGAUGACUGCGAUGUGGCUGUCUGAGAAUCAGUCGAAGCCCCUUAUCCCUCUCCAGAAAGAGGAGGAUCCAGACACUCAGAAAACUGUGCUCACCAACUACAUGUUCCCACAGCAAACCAGGACAGAGGAAUACAUUCCCAACUCUGACUCUGAGAGCUUCAAUCCCUCUCUCUGGGAGGAGCAACGCAAGCAGCGAGCUCAGGUGGCCUUUGAGUGUGACGAGGACAAGGAUGAGAGGGAGACGCCCCCACGGGAGGGGAACCUGAAGCGCUACCCUACACCAUACCCAGAUGAGCUCAAGAACAUGGUGAAGACAGCCCAGUCAGUGGCUCACAGACUUAAAGAGGAUGAGUCCAGUGACGAGUCGGGAAAAGAUGCAAAGUCUAAUGAGCGGAACCACAUUGGAGUGCAGGACGUGGGAGUGAAGGUGAUAGAGGCUCCCUGUGCCAAUGGCAAAGCAGUGGAAGUGGAGCCCAAAGUAUCAGCAAACACAUGCGACCAGAACUCAUCUGCACCUGAAUCUAAAGACACAUCAGAGUCUUACAGCUCACAGAAAGUUCCUCUCAAAUCCUCAGAGGGUUCAUUGGUAAACCAUGAGGACACACUGGAGGACUCUGAGGAGUUGUCAGAUGAAGAGGAGAUGAAAAUAGCAGAGAUGAGGCCCCCUCUUAUUGAGAUCUCCAUCAACCAGCCUAAAGUUGUAACUCUUAGCAAGGACAAAAAAGAUGACGGGAAAGAUGCAGACUCUUUGCUGGAUGACACAGUGGCAAACAGCAACCAGAACAACAGUAAUUGUUCCUCACCAUCGCGCAUGUCUGACUCCGUGUCUCUGACCACAGACAGCAGUCAGGACAACUCCCUUUGCACCCCAGAGAGAGAGGCCAAAAUGCCCUUCCUAGCCAAGAGCCGGCAAGAAGAUGAGAAUAUGAACCAGCGUAAAGACACCACUCCUCUCCUCCAUAAUGGUAAUGGUUCAGACACAUCCCUGCAGGCCCUUUUGAAAACCCAGCAAACCCAGCCAGAGAAAAUGGGUGACUAUGACCUCUCCAUGGAAGCCAGAAUGGCGUUCAUUGAGAAAGGAAUCAAUAAUGGCAUGGGAGAUGCCUACACAAAGUGGGACCAGAUUAAUAUGAAUGUGUCCAAGCUGCCAACUGAUAACAUGGUUCAGCUGGAUGACUUGGACAAAACUAAGAAUGGCUCCAUAGCCAGGGAGGACUUGAAUAACAGGCAGGGCUUUAGCAAUGACAACAUGGACCAUUUAGAAAAUGGCAACCAGCAAAUCAGUGACUUUGAUGGCCUGGGGAACAAAGGCCAAGCGAUGUCACCGAUGAGAGUAGAGACAUCUAUGGUGCAUGUGGCCUCAACAGGUGUGACAGCCUGCAGUGAUAUGUCUCUAUCCCGCAGCACAGAGGAGUUGUCUCCUGAGAAAAGGUACCCUCCUCCUCAGGUGAUGAAGUCUCACAGUAUCACCAACAUAGAGACGGGGGGCAUGAAGCUGUACUCCAUCGACGGGGAUGGCGAGUCCUGUGAUGGAGCAGUUACCAAGAUGGCUGGAGCCGGCCCAGGACCAGGAGCUCAAGGCCAGAGCAUAGUCAGGAGCAAGUCAGCAUCUUUGCUCAAUGACCAGACUCUCCAGGUCUUCCCCAGCUCUUCUGCUUCCUCCUCAGACCUGCUCUCCAGCUCCUCAAAGCCCCCUGCCAGCACCAGCCGAUAUCCAAUCUCCUCCAGCAUGGCCAUGGGCAUUCCUCCCCCUCAGUACAAUAUCCAGUACACAAGCAGUGCCAUGUCCACAGAGGGCCUCUGGGCCCAGAGGACACCCAUUCCCCCAGAGCAUCAAGGCUACCUCCCUCCACCUCAACACUCACUAGCUAACACCAACUACUCCAACCGUAAUCAGGCACCUCCCUACCCUCUGCAGCCCCAGCAAAGGGGCCCUCCCAUGGGACCCAAACCCUCUGGGGACAUGUGGGCCAAGGAGAGACUCCAGUCGUCUGGUGGCCAGCCUAGAAGCAGCACUCUGCAGAGGCAAAGCAGCAGCUCCUCGACAGCGUCCAUGGGCGACCCGCGGCGCAUGCAGCUGCCUGAGGGCGAGUACAUGACAUACAGGGACAUUCACACCCUUGGUAGGGGGCCGCUGGCAAUGAGCCAGGCCAUGCAGAGACCCCUUUCAGCCCGCACUUACAGCAUUGAUGUACCUGGAGCCCCCAGGCCUCACAGCGCCAGGCCACAGCCCCAUGAACUGCCAGAGAGGACCAUGUCAGUCAGUGACUUCAACUACCAGCACAGCAGCCCCAGCAAAAGGCCUAACAUCAGGGUUAAGUCUGAGCACUCACUCCUCGACGGGCCCGGAGUGGUAUCGGGAGGAGUUGGAGGAGGAAGAGUACCAGCUGACUGGAGGGAUCAGGUGAUGCGUCACAUUGAGGCCAAGAAGAUGGAAAAGAAUAUGCUGUCUCGGUCCUAUAAUUCCAAUUAUUCCCCGCUGAGCUGGUCUCACUACGGCAGCUCUAGGGAUAUGCAUGCCAGCCAAGGGUCUCUGGUCUUUAGUGCCAGAGACGGACAGCCCUACGGAGCUCUGGGCUUCUGUGAUGAAGUGUUUGGUCCGCAAGGGCAACAGAGUUACACCAUGGACCCCCACAGAAAAGUGCCUUUAAUGAACGGUCAGAUGGGCCCGUCUGCUCGUCCUCAGAUGAGCCAGGCGCCCAUGGCCCGCCACCCUUCCAGAGAGCAGCUCAUUGAUUACCUGAUGCUCAAAGUGUCCCAGCAGUCCCAGGGGCCCCCACGGAUCUCACAUGACGCCCUGCAGCAAGAGAUCCGUGUGAAAGUGGAGAAGAAUCCUGAGCUGGGUUUCAGUAUAUCUGGUGGUGUGGGAGGCCGGGGAAACCCCUUUCGUCCAGAUGAUAAUGGCAUAUUUGUGACAAGGGUUCAACCUGAGGGACCUGCAUCUAAGAUUCUUCAGCCUGGAGAUAAAAUUAUCCAGGCAAAUGGAUACAGCUUUGUGAAUAUUGAUCACGGGAAUGCAGUCUCCCUGCUGAAGACGUUCCCCAACACUGUGGAUAUGAUUAUCAUAAGAGACAUGAUGGCGUAGAUUGACUGGUGACGCUGAGGAGAAACUGACCUCCACUUGGACAUAAGAGGAGACAGGAACACAGAAAUUUGUUGACUCAUAUUUUUAUACACAGAAAAGACUGAUCUAUUGAUACCUGUCGGGGAGUAUUUAUAUUAGAGAUCUUCAGAGCCUUUGUUACAUUGGGGGAAAACCACUGAAUGUAGUGGAUUGAGGAGAGACGGGGGCAAACAUCUGGAAGUGUAUGUCCUCAAAAGGCCAUCACUGUGGUAUGUAUUUUUAUAUAAAAGAAGCUGAAGAUAUGACCCUUUUUUAAUUCUAUAAAUACUGUGGUCUCUGUACAGAUCUGUCUUUUUUUUUCUUCUUUUUUUUUUUUUUCUUUUGUCCAGUCAAACUCAUUAAUCCUUUGUCAUGAGUUAGGUUUUUGUUUCUGUAGAGGGGCAUGAAUUGUCGCUGACCACUAGGGGGCAGGGCUCCCUGUCUUUUGUCAUUCAAUUUGCCUUUCUUUUUAUCAAGACUUUUUUUUUUUUUUUUUUUUUUUAAUUUAAAAAGUUGAAACCACUCACUGGUCUGCUGUGCGAUCUGAUAUGGGGGACCGUGUUAUGUGCUUUUUUUGUGAAGAUGAAUGUAGAACAUGGUGGCGUAUUUGGGGCUUUUUUUAACGGCAAGAAUUCUUGUUUUCCUGGUGAGAUUGAAGAGUCUAAAUAAGUGAAGAGUUGAGUAGCGCAGAAUCAUCCACCUCUGCCUCCAUAAACCCGUGAGCGCCCUACGGCAUCCAUACAGCACUGUCCUCGUUCGUCCCAAAUCUCCUCCGGGCGAAUCAAACUGACCUGCUCGGCAUAUCACCUGACCGGAGGAGAUCGCUUCCUGUGCUGUCAACAGUUUUAUUUGGGAACAAAAUCCUUCGCAUCAUGAAUUAACCACAGCUUCUCAGAUGCUGGGGGAAAAAAAAAAAAAGGCGUCUGCAUGUGAUCCUUUUACAAGACCGGAAUAUGGAAUGGAAACUCAAACGUUGUCGGGCUAUGAAAGUACAAAGUUAACUGUGUAUUUGCUUGGCCUUAAUCUGCCAUGCCAGUUGCAGGCUUUCGUUAAUCCAGAAAAGAGAUGUGGUGGUUAUGCUAGUUAACCAAAGCAUGUUCGGGAAUUGUGUACAAGACGAUGAGUGCAGGAUAAAACGCAAGAACCAGAUCUGAAUCAGAACAGGCACAGGUUGAGCCUCUUCCACUUAUAUUUAAUUUUUAAUAAGGGCUUUGUCUUACUGGCAGCCAUUGGUGAUAGGGGAGUACUAGUACUGCAAGGUUUUCAAUACCUUGCAGUCGUUUAUGUUGAUGUAUGAUGUAGGAAAAGACCACAGUUUGCCUUUGUGUCUGUAAAAAAAAUGGAUGUUAUACCAUGCUUUUUCCCAUCACGUCGGAACAGUGUGUCAUCGUGAUUUAGUUUGCUGUACAGAGAAUUGAGCGGGGAGAAGCAAGUUGUCAAGUGCCAUAGACCUUGAACUGUUUGAAUAGGGGAGGACCCUUCACCCCGACACCCAAGCAAUAUCCACGUAUUCACACCAGAUGAAACACUCUUGAGUACAUUUGCAGCAUAACGGCUUAACAGCAAUAGUAAAAGCCUUUAUUUUCAUUCAGAAAAAACAUCAGAGAGCAUUUUUUUAAAAAACACAAACCUUUUAGUAAUCCCUGAUUUUUUCAUUUUUAUAUUGUGGGGAGAAGAAAACCUUUUUGUAAUAAAAUGGCACAAGAAAUACAUAGUGCUGUUAAUUCGUCUUAAGAAAUUUAAUUUCUCUGCAUUGUGUAACAGUGAAUGUUCUUGUCACUUUGCCCGAGGCUUUUUUACCAGCUUCAAAGAGAAGUUCUGUUCUCCGAGCUUUAGGUCCUUUAGACUACCACAGUGUGUGAUGUUCAUUUGUGCAAAACAUUCAACCCUCACUAUGGAAAAACUAAUCCAGUCAAAGCUGCAGAUGCAAAAGACUUUAUUUGUAAUGUUUGUUGAUAAGUCGUGUAAAAAGAUGAACUAAUGCUUUUAAAAGCAGUGCUCUGUCCACUUGAUGUGAUUAAAUUUACAUGUACCUGUUGCAUGCAUGAAAUCACCCUGUUAAUAGUCGAUUCAUUCAGUGGUGAAGAAUUACUCCAUGAGACGUGUUUCCAAAAGACAUGGAAAUGAUUAGAUUCACAUCCCAAGGAAAUGGCCCACAAAUUCCAGCAGGACGUUUGUAACCACUGAAUUAUAUGUAAAAUGUGUAAUUGUGUUUUUGUCCCCCCAACAAGAAUUCAACAAAAGUCAUUCCUUGAAAAUGUGUCACCCGCUGCACUGUCCCUGUGUGUGAAGCAGUUUGAGCCGUACGGUUUGCUCGAGGUGCGGCCAAACUCAACCAAAACACUGUGGUCACUGACAAAACCUUUGUCCCAUUAUUAACAUUAUUAGCAUUUGUAGUGUUAAUAAUAAUAAUGGUUGCUCGAAGUGAAGCUGUACCCUUCCAAUUUAAAUUGAAAGGUUUCAAUUUUUAAAUUCUUUUAAAUUUUAAAGGCAAAUGACAAUAAAACGUGCAUUCCCAAAGAAUGUCCUGCAGCAUAAUGUAUUUUUAACAGAUGAAAUGCUUUUUUUUUUUUUUUUUUUUUAAUUGUGCUGAUUGUUGUCGCUAAUUUUCUUUUGACUCUGUAUGAAUAUGAUUUUUUGGGGGGAUAAUGGUCACUUUCUUCAUAUUCACGUCAAAAAAAAAAAAAAAAACGUACAGUCUGACAAUGUAGACAAUCUAGGGAAGAACCUGUUGUCACAUUUUCUUCACCCACGUCGGUCUCUUUUUAAUGAUCCAAUAUUCUUAUUUAUUUAGCAGUCUCCUGUGAAGUUUAGACCUUACUAAUCAAAAUGUAAAUACUUAAAAAAAAAAAAGCGAGAAAAGAAGAAUUAAUAAUGGCAUUAGUGACCUGAGUUUGUAAAACCAGCAAUAAAUUGCAAUGCAGAGGCAACCCUUUUAAUGUAUAGCUAGUGUUUCUAAGGUUUCUCUGGAAGCCACUACAGUAAAAUGAUGAUUGAUAUGCAUUUAUCCAACAUUCCAGAUUUUGUACAUAAUUAUCCUGUUUUGAAGUAACCUGUGAAAAAAUAAAGUAAUGCUCUUUAA